AUGCACAUGAAAACGGAGUGCAAUUGUGAGAUAUAUUGUGUCCAUUUGAUCUUAAUAUUUAAUUUUCUUUCCUCUUUCCAGGUUAUGUACGGCUUCCUAGUCGGCUGCCUGGUCUUAAGAUCAGUAUAUAUUGUCACGUGGGUUUACCCUUGGUUGAGGCCCCUUGCCUAUACAUCAUUAGGCGUAUUUCUGAUGGGCUUUAUUCUAUGGAAUGUAGACAACAUCUUUUGCAAUAAUUUGAGGGAUAUCCGGCAGAAGUUACCAUUCCAAAUCCUAGGCGCCAUGACACACUUUCAUGCUUGGUGGCACAUUCUAACAGGCCUCGGCUCCUAUUUGCACAUUCUCUUCAGCAUGUAUACAAGAACUCUAUACUUGAAAUACAGACCUAAAGUGAAGUUUCUGCUUGGUGUGUGGCCUAUUAUUUGGGUGGAGCCUCCUCCAAAGAAGCACUAAAAAUGCCAGGGAUUGAAAUCUCUGGCAAAGAACAAGCUGGACUUCAGCACUGAGAGCUGUUUUAUCUAAUUCUGGAAGCGAGUGUUAAUGAGUGAAAAAGGUUUGAAAUGAAUCAUGGAGAGAAAGAAACACGCUGACAAUAUAGUUCCGAUCAUGCUGAGUUUUGUAUUUAUUUUUUUAAAAUGCUGCCAGGUGUAAUAGAAUUAUAUAGGAGGUUAAUGUGUACAAUGGGAAGUAAGGAAUACUGCAGCUUGUGUGAUAAUGUUUGGUAGAUCUCUGAUAAUACUCUGAUAACCAAGUUAAUCUGAGAACAGCUAAUGUUCUUUAGGCCUUUUUACACAUGGCCAAACUAUUGAACAAAUUAUGGACUGAAACUGACUGGUUCACUGUACCGUAACAUUUUUUUAUUUGUUUGUCUUUUGCUCUCAAUUCUGCCUGUAUAAGGAUCUUAAGAAUUUACUUCACUAGACUAUGAUGUCUCUCUGAGAAUUCUCAAUACCACAGGUGUGCAUUGAGCAGUACAUCAACACGUAAAACAAAGGGCAGGUCUAUUCCAAGCCUUGGAGUGGGAAAUGAAGUGUAUCAUCCCAAAACAGGUGUUGAGGGUUUGUUAAUAAGAGAGAGAACAGAUCUAUCUCCUCUCAUCCCUCCUGCUUUUUAGAUUUGUUUCUAAUCACUUUAACGCCAGUACUGCCGCUCAUACUGCUGUUCGCUGAGUUUCAGUAUUGUGAGAGUCAUUUAGGGGUUUGGGCUAUGCGGCAAGGG